AUGGCUCUCACACAAGCUCAGGUCGCCAUCGUCAAGUCGACGGCUCCCAUCCUCAAGGAGCACGGCAAGACCAUCACCACCACCUUCUACCGCAACAUGCUCGGCGCCCACCCCGAGCUCAAGAACUACUUCUCGUUGCGCAACCAGCAGACGGGUGCUCAGCAGGCCGCCCUCGCCAACUCUGUCCUCGCCUACGCCACCCACAUCGACGACCUCGGCAAGCUGUCUCACGCUGUUGAGCGUAUUGCUCAGAAGCACGUCUCGCUCUUCAUCAAGCCUGAGCAGUACCAAAUUGUCGGCACGCAUCUCAUCGGUGCCAUUGGUGAGGUUCUCGGCUCUGCCCUGACCACCGAGAUCAAGGAGGCUUGGAUCGCCGCCUACGGUCAGCUGGCCGACAUCUUUAUCAAGCGAGAAGGUGAUCUUUAUGAGGCUGCUGGAGAGUGGAACUCGUGGCGCAAGUUCAAGAUUGUCAAGAAGGAGGCCGAGAACGACGCCGUCACCAGCUUCUACCUCGAGCCCCUCGAUGGCAAGUCCCUGCCCAAGUUCCUCCCAGGCCAGUACGUCAGCCUGCAGAUUCCCAUCCCUGAGCUCGACGGUCUCCUCCAGAGCCGACAGUUCAGUCUCAGCGAGGCUCCUGGCAACAACCAUCUCCGCGUGAGCGUCAAGCUCGAGGGCCCCACCGAGGAGCCCACCAUCGAGGACGUGGCUGCCGGCAAGAUCGCCGGUCUUGUCUCUAACCGCCUGCACAAGCGCUUCAAUGUCGGCGACGAGGUCGAGCUAAGCCCUCCCUGCGGAGAAUUCUUUGUCAACCCUGCCGACACCUCUGCUGCCAAGAAGCCCCUGGUUCUCGUCUCUGCUGGUGUCGGUGCUACUCCUCUCGUCUCCAUCUACGACUCCGUCCUCGCCUCCGAGACUGCCUCGCGACCCAUCACCUGGAUCCACGGCGCCCGCUACUCCGGCUCUACCUGCUUCGUGCCGCACAUCCUCGAGACGGCUAAGCAGCACGACAACGUGACGGCCAAGAUUUUCCUCGAGGACGCCAAGGACGGCGACGCCUUUGACUUUGAGGGCCAGAUCGACCUCGCCCGCCUCGAGAAGGAGAACCUCCUCCACCUCGAGAACCAAGAGGCAGAGUACUACAUCUGCGGUCCCGAGGACUGGAUGGUUGGCGUGAGGACCUGGCUCGAGGAGAAGGGUGUUCCCCGCGAGCGCCAGCACCUCGAGCUGUUCAAGACUGGAGAUAUCUAA